CUUUCCUACCUUUAUUCCUCCAUAGCUCUCUCUCUCUUUCAUGGCUGCACCACCGCCGUAUUUCCACCACCGACAUCCAUUCAUUCCGAUAUAGCUUCCACCCAUUCAUGGCCACUAUACGUCCCUUUCUUUCCAACUUCAUCACCCUCCUCUUCAUCCUCCUCCACCUUGGUUGCUUCAUCAUCUUUCCCACCUCCCGCCACCACCGCCAACGCCCAAAACCCGCCAGAAAACCACCCUCUCCACCCCGUCUCCGCCGUAUCUCCUCCCCCAAACUCAAACGCCAUAAAUCCCUCUCUUCCACUUGGUCAUUCUUCAAACGAAUCUUCUCAUCCAAAUCCACAUCACAAAUCAUCGACGGAAACUCCUCCAUUUUUCAUCAAAUACCCUCUCCGGCAUCUUCUACUCGUUCAAUAUCCAUCAUCCAACCCGACACCCAAAUAACAACCCGCCCCGAUUCUCUCACCGAUUCCGACUACAUCCACCCCUGCCUGAAUUGCGGUGAGAUUUUCCAGAAACCCGGUUUGCUUGAACAGCACCAAUCUCUCAAACAUGCUGUCUGCGAGCUUCUGGAUGAAGAUCCGGGUAAGAACAUUGUUCAGAUCAUAUUCACAACGGGUUGGUUAGGGAAGAACCCGUUGAUAAAUCGGGUCAUGAAGAUCCACAACAGCCCUAAGAUACUUACCCGGUUCGAAGAAUACCGUGAGAUCGUGAAAUCGAAGGCGGCAAGAUACGGCGGAGUACGACGGAGGGACGAACGGUGUAUCGCCGACGGCAACGAGCUACUCCGGUUUCACUGCGCCACAUUCUUGUGUGACCUGGGGCAAAACGGUAAUUCCAGCAUCUGCAGCCACCAGUACUGCAGUGUAUGUGGGAUCAUUCGGGCCGGGUUCUCAUCCAAAAUGGACGGUAUAUCCACAUUAUCAACAAGUUGGAAGGGACACGUGGCACUCCCUGAAGACAUCGAGGAGGAGUUCCGAUUCAUGCACGUGAAGCGAGCCAUGUUGGUCUGCCGGGUCAUAGCGGGUCGGGUCGGAUGUGACCCGGAAAUGGGGGACAAGGAUGACCCGGGAUAUGAUUCCUUGGUCGGGAGGGAAACCGGUGGGACAGAGAGCAAAUUGGACGAUGAAGAUGAGCUGAUUGUUUUUAAUCCAAGGGCUGUGCUUCCUUGUUUCGUGAUCGCCUACACCGUCUGAUUGUGAUUAUUUACGAGUAGGGAUGGUACAGUGGGACUGGGGACUGGGGAGUGAUGCAGAUUAUAGAAGCUCACAGACAGGUUUUUGGCCCCCACCCGGCCCACAACGGUGUCGUAUUUACGUAGGUUGUUGAAUGUUAAGUCAUGAGUUGUAUCGUAAGCUUUUAAGUGUGGUUUUUGGAUCUAUGUGAUUGGGUAUUGGGAAUAA